CUAAUCGGCGGCAUCCCCAAACCACGGCGACGAUGUCCUCGUCUGUCUCGUCUUCAUUCCGCCUUCUCACCACCAGAAUCCCAGUCGCUCUUUCAUCAACCAAUUCACUCUUCUCCUCCUCCUCCUCAUUCAAACCCACCCUUUCAUCUCCCUUCCUCACCUCCAAAUCCAUUUCAUUCCAGCGAAUCGAGACGAGGACCCAAUCGCGAUCACCAACAUCAAUCUCAGCAUCGAGCUCCACAUCUCUGCAACCAGUCGAAGACCUCCCUCCCAAGCUCCAAGAAAUCGUGAAGCUUUUCCAGUCCGUGCAGGAACCCAAAGCCAAAUACGAGCAGCUGCUUUUCUACGGCAAGAACUUGAAGCCGCUGGAUGCCCAGUUCAAGACAAAACAGAACAAAGUGGAAGGAUGCGUUUCUCAAGUCUGGGUCAGGGCUUACUUGGACAAUGAUCGGAAUGUCUCGUUCGAGGCGGAUUCGGAUUCUGUUCUCACCAAGGGCCUCGCUGCUUUGCUCGUUCUAGGUCUCUCAGGGCGGCCAGUCGAAGAGGUUUUGAGGGUCUCCCCUGAUUUCGCUGUGCUUCUUGGUCUUCAACAGAGUUUGACUCCUUCCAGGAAUAAUGGGUUCUUGAAUAUGCUCAAGUUGAUGCAGAAGAAAGCUCUUGAGUUGUAUGUUGAAGCAGAAAAGGGUGAGCUAGAGUCUGCCCAAAGUUCAGAGGGGAGUAGCGUUCAUAAUGAAUUACAAAGCUCGAAGUUGGAGUCAAAUGGCGAUGCUAGUUCCAGCAAUUCAACUGUGGUUGGCAGCAGCAGCGAGGGUGAGGAUUCGGUAUCAAACAGAGACGUGAAUGCGUCUGAAUUUCCUGGUUUAGGGAGUAGAGGGACUAGAAUUAAGGAAAAAUUGGAGAAGGAGUUGGGCCCUGUUGAACUGGAUGUUGAAGAUGUUUCUUAUCAGCAUGCGGGGCAUGCUGGUGUUAGGGGGAGUGAUGGCGAGACUCAUUUCAACUUGAAAGUUGUUUCAAAGGAGUUUGAAGGGAAAAGCUUGGUGAAGAGGCAUAGGUUGAUCUAUGGAUUGCUGCAAGAGGAGCUGCAGAGUGGAUUGCACGCAUUAUCUAUUGUUGCCAAAACCCCGGCUGAAGUUGAAGCAGCAUGAGGGUGAUUACCAGAUGGAUAAUAGGUUCAGACAUUUCAUACUCCUUGUUCCAGUCAAGUUUUUUUUGAAUUGAUAAAGUUAUAAUGCUGAUUGUACUUUGAAUCCUUAUAUUGCAGAAGGUGUUACUUGUGUUCCUACCUGUAUAGUACAGUGUACUCUGCUUUUACUCCUUAAAUGAGUUGCUUCUUACUUGCGAUUUUGGGAUGAAGGAAGUCUCAACUUUUUCCUUUUACGUCAUUUAUUCUUGCUGAUGUAAUGCUGUUUAUCUCAAAAUAUCAACGCUACCCUAGAAGAUAACAUAUUUAAGACUUGUGUAUGCAAUCGAUCUUGUGAAUCUCCAGUUAGUGCCAAACUGAGCUCAUAUAUCUGUCUAUUUAUGUCUGUCUUUAUCCAGGGAUUAGUUCUCUGUUUGCAGUUUGGACAUCGUGAUUUCUGAAUCUAAACCUGUAACUUGACAGUCACUUUGAUCUCCGUUGCAAUCAAGAUUACUAAUGGAACUUCUGGUUCUGGAUAGUUGGGGUUUGAUGGUCACGCUUAAUUUAAAACAGCUCUCUUUUUCUUACGAACAUAGGAGAGCUCGGACAUUGUACCACUGUACAGUUUUGAAAUAGAGACUCGAAAAUUGUGCUGUCAAUUUUGAUUUAUCGUCUCCUCGUGUAAUCCUUUUUCAGUUGUUUGUUGAAGAAGUUUUCGCUUUUGGAAAGCCAUUUAUUGUGUUCUGCAGGGCGAAGUUAUAUGCUUUAGAAUAAUCUUGGUGAUGUGCUCCAGAUGCUGAAUGAAAUUUAUUACUCGACUAGGCCAAUGCGUAUCGGUGCAGCGACACCUAAGAAGACCAGUGGUUAUCAACAGCAGUAUGCUGCCAGCAAAGGCAAAUUUCUUUUUACAUAAUUACUUUGCUUUCAUAAUAAGUUCACGACGAGCUCUUCUACACGAUUGGAACAUUUGGGCAGAUUGUGUUUCUUCUACAUGUUCAAUGUUUUCCAUCUCAUUUAUAUCCAUUGUUUUCAAGCCCAUGUGAAUAAGCUGAAUCGACUAGUUUACUGAUUUGCACUAAGUGUGACUGAUUUUGUGCAGCUGUGUAUCAAGCUCUUAAGUAUGCAGCACCUGUCUAGGCAGUUGCAGCAGCAUCUGAUACUGACCUCACAAAUACCACAGUAAGCUAAAUUUUUUCUUUGCUUUUGUUUAUGUUCUUGAUCUCUCGGGUUCGAAUCAGACCUGAACCACUUGAACAUGACAGGUGCUGUCCUGAUGGUGGAACAGAGGGAAGAAGUGUAUGAUCCCUUGGCAGCUCCUGAUGUUGAUAAGUAAGUUUUAGCUCCACAACAUAAUUUCCUGGAGUUGGAAGGCUUGUGAGGGUACUAUUUUCACCUCGUACUGUUGUCUCUUGAAUUCUUUUUCGCUGCAGGUUAAAUUCAGCUUACCUUUCUGUUCACAGUAUAGUGCUAUAUUAGGUCGACCGUUAUGGAUGAGAACCUCGCCACUUUCACAAGCUUAGGUACCAUUCAUCCUUCAGUGUAGAAGUCAGUGUCAGGACUUGAAAGGAUGUAGUACUGUAAUGGCUUCAGUUAUCGUUUGCUGCAUGUGCUCAUGUUGUAACUUGAUUUAACUGUUGGUAAAGCUAUAUAUCAAAGGUACUUUUGACGAGAUAGAUGAAUGUUUGAAAUAGAAAUAUAUACAUAUAACUCGGUACGUUGUUUUGACAUUGAGAAUAAUUAUCCUAUAGUUUCUCGUUGGUGGCUCCAUCAUUGAAAACAUCCCCCGAAUUAGCUUGGUUUCGAGAAUAGUCUCUAAUGCUCAUGGAACUACCAUUGAGUAGCCCCAUACUUUAAUAUUGGUUGUUAAAGCAAACAACUUUUUGUUUUGUCUUGUUCUGGUUUUCUGGACAGAAGAAGGGGAAAAGAUGCUGGUUCCUUAACUUGUAAGUAUCACUGUUUACAUACUUUUCUGAUCUACACAAUAUAUCUUUAGGUAUGGUUUAUUGACUACAGAAAGUUAAUCUCACUGAAGUGUUUCUGCAACUUUGGCAGGACUCAGGAGUAACAGAGAGCUAGCUGGAGUAGUAGUAGGCUGCAAAGGCUGUAAAAUAGAGCUCAGAUUGCUUCAACAAAAUACUUGCAUUCUG